AUGAAUAGAAACAUUUGUCGCUCUCCAAUAGCUGAAGCAGUUUUUAGAAAACUUGUAACUGAUGAAAAACUUGACAGUAAGUGGAGAAUAGACAGUGCAGCGACAUCUGCCUAUGAAAUAGGAAGCUCUCCUGACUAUCGAGGACAGAAUUGCAUGAAGAAGCAUGGCAUUACCAUGAAUCAUAUUGCCAGGCAGAUUACUAAAGAAGAUUUCCAGACCUUCGAUUAUAUACUUUGCAUGGAUGAGAGCAAUCUGAGAGAUCUGAAACGGAAGAGCAACCAAGUGAAAGACUGCAAGGCCAAAAUUGAACUACUUGGAAGUUACGAUCCACAGAAACAACUCAUCAUUGAAGAUCCAUACUAUGGCAGUGAAAAGGACUUUGAAACUGUUUAUGAGCAGUGUGUAAGAUGCUGUAAAGCAUUUUUGGAGAAGCCUCAUUAAUGCUUUGCUAUUUUAUUUCUAGAAGAAAAUAAUUAGCUUCUGCAGAAAUAAGUAAGAUGUACUUAGUUGAUGUUUUAAACUUGUAAAAUUAUGCCACGGUAGGUUCAGAACUUUUCAGUUUGAUUUUAUACUUUAAGCUUUCUGUUAUCUAAUUUAAAAGCACAAGAGAGUUUUAACUGGAUUACGUUAUCACUUGUUUUGGGACACAUCAGUGUAAUAAUAAAAGUAUAUGGUUGAGAAUAAAUUUACCUGUAAACUCUUCCAGUGCUUUUUGACAAGCACUGCAAAAGUAGCUUCUUGCUUCUUCAUGUGCUGUACUAACUAUAACGAGGUCCUCUGACAGUGCCCUUAGUGAGUUAAUUUAAAUCGUUUCAGUGGGAGUCUGAGAUAAUAGUUCACAUCCGGCAACUUAGGUGUGUCAUCCUAGUAUCAUUAGCCAGCCUUUGGACUGAAGGUGUGCCACACUGAGCCUGCUAAGCUAAAGGAACUGUCUGUCCCCAGACAGACACUGCUCUUAGCACGUUCUCCAGGCUUCAGCAAGCAAAACCCUUCUGCAUGUGUAAUCAGGACUGUGUGAAAAUUGGUCUCAUGUCAGUUCAAAUGCUCAGUUUUUCAAAGGAAAAAUAGUUUUUGUUCUGGUACACUUUUAAACUAAGUUCAGAAAUAGUAAGUGAUGUUAACAGAACUUAUCUGGCUAGUCUUACUUUUGUCUUAUGGUCAGUUGCUAGCAUGCUGAUACAAGUACACAUAGCAUUUAUUUCGAGGACAAAACAGCCUAAAUGUGGCAUGUACAUUUUUAUCUCAUAGUCAAAUCCUGCAAUCCAUGCCAUGUACCCAAUGAUAUAUGUGCUGUAAUCCUCGUUCUUGUGUGGGUGUCAGACUGCAUUUUCAGAUAUAUCCAUCAGAAUGGCUGGCCUGUGAGAAGUGUUCUCUGACAGUAGAGUUCAACUUGAAGACAAAUGUAAUACAAUAGAAUCUUAGGAGAAGGCCAGCAAGUAGAAAGUUCUGAUCUUGGGUACAAAGUGAAUGUUUGUAAAAAUUCUUGCCCGCUUGUCUGAGCAUCAUCAUUUGUUUCUGCCUUAUAAAUCUACUGAGAUCAGUAAUGGACUGGUAUCAGGAUAAUCUUCCUAUUUUGAAUAAUAUCAGCAUUGCUAUGAACUAGCAUUACCAGAUUAUCUGGGGAAACCUAUCUGUAAAACUUGCUUAUUUUUUAGCCUUGAUCUUUGCCUCUGCUUUCUAGACCUGUAGAGCAGCCUUUCUGUUUGUCACCUACACUGCUCUCCCUUCUGGGAGAGGGAAGCGUUUUGAUAGAGGAUCCUGUUAUUUCUGGGGAGGGAGAGGUCCUCUUGUCACUGCAUGUACUGCAGCCUGCACAGUGGAGUUUUCUGGGACUCUGGCUGUAGAACAGCUGUGUUUGUGUUGGUGAGGUUUCUGGUUUAUGCUAAAAUUUCAAUCAGUCAUAAAGCUUAAGAAACCUGCUUACAGAAAUGCAGUUAGUAGACAUAACUCUUAAAUACAGAAAUCACAUCUUUGUGCGUUAUGGCACUGCCAGUAGUUUUUAUUUCUAGAAUAAUAGUUAUGACUUCUAGCUAGGAAUUUGCAAGAUAAUAGCUGUUUCAAUUCAGGAACAGAGAAUAAUCAUAUUUCAGGCAAGACCAAGCACUAACUUGGAAAUAAAUAUUGUCCAUUUCUUGUAUGAAUGCUUGGACAGAACAAAUGAAGGGAAAUGAUGGGCAGUUAGGGACAAACCACCUUAAAUAUGGUUUUAUGCUUUAGCCUUGGAAGCAGAAGUGGCUUCUUCCAGUGAAAAUAAAAUACUCAGAAGACUGAGCAUGUGAUAGUUUAUGCUUCCCCAUUCAUGGUUGAGUAGGAAAUGAACAUAUGGUUUCCCAUAUUAAAGUUGAGAUUCAGAGGUCUUAAGUCGUUAUCGUGGAGUUGCUGAAGUGAAGGAGAUCAAAGGAUAUGGUUGUUUACCUUCAGUGAACUUAAGAGUCUGUAAACUAAUACUAAGUCAGAAGUCUUUGUGUUGAAUUCAGACCUUAAAAGUCAGCUUGGAGGUCUGUUACCAGCAAGUAAUCUAUUGGCUAAAUAAUUAAUCAGCUUACUUACAGGAAAAAGCUGAUUGAUUUUAAGAUUUUAUCCCUAAUGGGUUUCUUUUGGAGAAGGGGAAGAUGUGUAGAAUAUGAGAACACAGAACAGGAAUUGUCUCCAGGAAUGACAGGUGCACAGUAGCAUUAUUUAUAUUAAUUUAGUAAUAUACUAAAUCAAUUACUGUUUUAUUGUUACAAGGAAAUUUUCUAUACAAUUAUUAUUUAACCAAAUUUCAGAUGUUCUACUAUAAAAUUAAACUUCCCUGUAAAGAUACUGUAAUCUGAUUGCAGUCAGUGGAACCACGAAGAGUUCUACUCACAUGUUAAUGCAGAUCAGCAGCUGAGUGCUGUAGCAGUAGAUUCCUUUAACUACUAGUUUUUCAGUAGGCAGGCGUUGCUUCCACUGAAAAGUGAAGCUUUAGCAUUUAGUGAUCACUGAAAGCACAUAUGAAGUCUGGACUUCUCCUAUUCAAUACAGCCAUGUUCUAGGAUGGGAUUUUGUACCUCUGCCAUUUCCCCCUUUUUAGUUAUAAAGAGCUAAGUGCUGAAGGCUCUUCAGUGUGAGUGUGAAUUCAAAAAUUCCCAUCUCCUAGCUAUUUCUCAGGGUUGGGAGAAGUGUGUUUGUACAUGUUUUGGUUUGAAUUGAGGGUAAAAUGGAAGCUAAAUGCCAGUAUUAAAGUACCUGAGAUUCAUCUGCAGGUCACACAAAAAAUGUCUUGCUUAAAUCCAGUGACAACUGGAUUUAAUUCCAACUGAAAAGAGAAAUAUGUAUCAAUGCAUGGAGUGAUUGUUCACUGACUCUUUAAAAACGUCAUGUAUUGGACAUUCACCAAUUACUUUGCUCUGCAGCAUCAGCAAUAGACUGCAGGUAUUUCAAACAAAAAAACUGAACACAAGUGUUGGUCAAAUUUAUAAUGCUGUGGAGAAUUGGAACAGCCUUGUGGUCCGGGCAUUUUGUGGGACUUGAAGACAUGAGUCUGUCCUCACAAGUCCCUGGAGUGCCCCAGUUACUGAAUUUCUCUGGGGUGGGGGCACCUUACUUUCUUACUCUAGAGAACUCUUACUGGAAAGAGGUUUGAAUGUGGGUAAACGAUUGUAGCUCCUGGAAGACAGCUUGUUUAUCUGGAUUCAGUGAACAGAAAGUAAACUGAGAACAACCUAAUACCAAACACUUUAUUACUUAUGCUUGUUAUUUACAGUAUUUACAUAUUGCACGUUUGCUGGAAUGUUUUAUACAUUAAUUAUAUAAAGUAAAUUAAUGGCAGCUUGUGUUUGUGUACAAAAUCCAUGCUCCACUGUCCCCAAAAAUAUGUCUACUUGGAAUUACGUUCCUAUUUGUCAUGCAGUUUGUACUCCUAGGGUACAAUGUGACCCCAAUGCAAGUCUGUUUUAACCAAACUUUUAAAAAAUUGCAUAAGCAUGAAGGAUAUCAAGUGACCACAACUACUGUGGAGCAGAUCUGUAGUCGUUCUAAAUAUACAAACAAACAUUCCAUAAAAUCGUAGAAUUAAGCAAGAGAACAUCAGUUUUCUCUGUGAAAUACUUGUGUUUACGUAAGUUUUGGCAGCAUUAAACAUCAGUUGUAAAGUGUGUUUUUAAGUAUGGAGCAUUAAGUACUACUGGCAGUUAUGCUACUGUAAAGAAGUCAAACUGCAAACUUUGACAACAUACAAAACGCAUGUGAAAAGAAUUAUGGGAAGUAGUCUGUUAAUCUGCAAAAAUAAAUCUCUUGUUUGCAAUGGAAUAUGUUAGAAAGGUAGUAAGUUCUGUUUCCCUGUUGAUUUCCAAGGCACUUCUCUUGGUUCUUGGUGUUUCUGUUCAUGGUAAUAACAUCUGGUGGAUUAAAAGAAAGAAGAAAAUUGCCUUUCAUCAUUUUUAUACGAGCAUACAUGUAUUAAAGAGUGUAAUUGUGUUGAAAAUUGUCAAUAAAACUGGAGAGUUCAGUAAUAACUUUGGGAAAGUCCACUAGUGCAUUUCUGAUAUAGCUCGGUGUGGUUCUUCUCAGCCUGACUGCUUCAAGACUGUUUUGUUUGUUAAUCAAGACUAGAAUGUUGGAAGGUGUCCAUUAUUGUGCUGGUUCAUUUUAAGUAGAGAAGAUACAGAAAAUACACUCUGCCUAUUCAAAGUGUGCUCACGGUUCUGUUUGGCCUGUUCCUGUGAGUACAGUUGUGAACUAAAAAAGUUGAAUAAACCUCAAGGCUAUUUAGUAA